AUGGCCACUACUGGUUGUAAUAGUCUUACCAUUCAUGGUCUCGUACUACUACUCCUCUCUGUUCUUUUCACCACGGCAACCUCCACCACUCACCAUCGCCACCUCCUCCACCAACCCUUUUUCCCAGUAAUCAAUACCAUUCCACCAACACAACCUCCCUCUUUGUCUCCUCAACCCCAACCCAAAUAUCCUUUUACCUCCACCCCAAACAACAACAACCACAACAACCCACAGAAACCCUUUUUCCCUACCCUCCCUUCACCUCCACCACCUCCUCCUUCCACUUCCACACUUGCCACUUUCCCUGCCAACAUCUCCUCCCUCCUCUUCCCUCACCGCUCUUCCUCAUCCUCUCCUCACCACAACCUCAUUGUUUCCAUUUCCAUCUCCCUAUCCCUCCUUUUUGCUGCCCUUUUAGCCAUGCUUUCAGCCUUUUUUAUCUAUUCUCGCAGAAAAACCCAACCGUUUAGUCCUGAAAAGAGUACAGGAUCAGAAAGUCUCCGCCUUUACCCUCAAAACACUAUCCCCUCGGAUGGUUCUCCAAAGAUUCCGAAGCUCCCACACCGUCCUGGUGUUGUAAGCACAAGCUCGGAGUUUCUUUACUUGGGCACAUUAGUAAAUCCUCGAGCUGGCAUCGAUGAUCAAGACAAGCUAACUUCAUCCAGCAAUGUUGGUCUUAAAAUCGGUGUUUCAUCGUCAUCUUCUUCACAUUAUCAAAAACUUGGGUCCCCUGAGCUGAAACCAUUGCCGCCAUUGCCUAGAAAUAAUUACACACCAACUUAUAGAAGUGGUGAAGUUCUUGUUAGUUCUAGUAAAGAAGAUGAAGUUGAUAGUGAUACUGAGGAGGAAGAGUUCUUUUCGCCAAGAGGGUCUUCUGGGAGGAAAGAGGCUAAUCAUGAGAGUCCGGUUCGUGUUGAUUCAAGUUCUAGAAGAGAGAUUCAAGGUAUUCAAGGAGAGAUUUUUGGGUCUAGAAGUUUUAAUUCGAGGACUGCUUCGUAUCCAGAAUCAAGUUCUUGUUCUCCAUCAAAAUCUGUGUCCAGCAGCGUGUCUCCGGUAUCGAAUUCUAGUCUUAAAACUGGAAAAUCUAAGUCUCCUGAUACUAUUGUUACUUUUCCUGCUCCAGUUCAGUCCAUUAAGCCAUCAUCUCCAUCCAUUUCUUCAUCAUCAUGGGGGAGCAAUUCAGGGGAGAUGCAGAAUUCUCUGGAUCGAAAUUCAGGAUCUUCGGGACAGAAUGAGCAGGUUCCAGUGAGGAUUGAGAGUGUUAAUAAACAAUUUGUGCCUGUAAGACUGCCACCGCCACCACCUCCACCUCCACCACCGCGAUUUUGGGAGAUGCCGGUGGGGGUAAGAAUGGCUCAGGAAGUGAAUUUGGGGAGUUCAGGGCCUCCAGUUCUUGUUACUCCUGCAAGGCCUGUUUUGGUUCAAGAUCACGCAAUACCAGUUUUGGCCAAUGAGCAAAGGCAAAGCAAUGGUAGUGUUGAGAGGAAUGAGGAGAGCAUGAAACCAAAGUUGAAGCCUUUACAUUGGGAUAAAGUUAGAGCAAGCUCUGAUCGGGCUAUGGUGUGGGAUCAGAUAAAAUCUAGCUCUUUUCAGUUAAAUGAGGAAAUGAUUGAGACACUUUUUAUGGUAAAUAAUUCGAAUUUGAAUGUGAAAGACCACAACGGAAGGCGCCAAUUGCUUCCGUCGCUGAACCAGGAGAAUAGAGUGCUCGAUCCAAAGAAGUCCCAGAAUAUUGCAAUAUUGUUGAGGGCUCUUAAUGUGACCAUUGAAGAAGUCUGUGAAGCUCUGUUGGAAGGCAAUUCAGAUACUCUGGGGACAGAGCUUCUUGAAAGUUUAUUAAAGAUGGCUCCAACUAAAGAAGAAGAGUACAAACUAAAAGACUUCAAGGAUGAAUCACCAUUCAAGCUAGGCCCUGCUGAGAAAUUUCUCAAGGAAGUACUUGAUGUUCCUUUUGCAUUUAAGAGGGUUGAUGCAAUGCUCUAUGUUGCUAAUUUUGAUUCAGAAGUUGAGUACCUGAGGAGGUCUUUUGAAACACUGGAGGCAGCUUGUGAAGAAUUGAGGAACAGCAGAAUGUUCUUAAAACUUCUAGAAGCAGUGCUCAAGACUGGGAACCGGAUGAAUGUUGGCACCAAUCGUGGCGAUGCCCACGCCUUCAAGCUUGACACACUCCUUAAGCUUGUUGACGUUAAAGGCACUGAUGGGAAAACCACUCUCUUGCAUUUUGUUGUUCAGGAAAUCAUAAGAUCGGAAGGCUCUCGUCUUUCUGGAACAAACCAGAAUCAAACAGCCGAGAAAACUCAACAAUCUGUAUUCCAGGAUGAAAUUGAAUAUAGGAAGCUUGGUCUGCAAGUAGUUUCAAGUUUGAGUGGAGAGCUUACCAAUGUAAAGAAAGCUGCUGCCAUGGAUUCGGAUGUGCUUAGCAGUGAAGUUGCAAAACUUGCCACUGGAAUUACAAAAAUUAUGGAAGUUCUGAAAUUAAAUGAAGAAGUUGCAUUGAAGGAGAGUAGCUGGAAGUUCUCUGAGUCGAUGAAUGGGUUCAUGAAGAAGGCAGAGGAAGAAAUUGUAAGGCUUCAAGCACAAGAAAAGGCUGCUCUCUCUCUGGUGAAGGAAAUAACCGAGUAUUUCCAUGGGAACUCAGCCAAGGAAGAAGCUCGCCCAUACCGGAUUUUUAUGGUGGUGAGGGAUUUUCUUUCCAUUCUUGAUCGUGUAUGCAAAGAAGUUGGAAAGAUCAAUGAGAGGACCAUAUAUAGUUCAGCCCGACCUAUGCCUUCAAAUCCAACACUUCUUCCUGUUUUUCCAGGACUCAUCGGCAGGCAUCAUGAUGGUUCGUCUGAUGAUGAAAGCUCAUCCUCGUCUUCAUAA